GUCUUUCUAUUCUUUACGCAUCUAUAGGGACUCCAUAAUGCGCUAGUGCUGUUUUUGGGCCAAAGCUUGGCAUGCGAGCUAUGGUACAAGCAAGGUUCUCAUGGGGCUAUUUUGGUGCCAUCAUACCGGCCGUUCUGAAUGUUCUCUCCUUGGAAGGCUUCCUGAUUCUAAACUGCAUUAUUGGCGGACAAACGAUAGCUAGCUUGUCUUCUCAACUUGAUGAUACUCUUGGUAUCGUCAUCCUCGGUAUCAUAUCUCUUGUGAUCACUUUCUGCGGAUACCGCGUCAUCCAUUGGUACGAAAGUGUCGCCUGGAUCCCGAAUGUAAUUGCUUUUAUCGCCAUGUUGGCUGUCGGUUAUCCACAACUACGCGAAAACCUGUCGGCUCCCGUCCCUCCAGCAACACCUGCUAAUGUCAUGUCUUUUGCGUCCUUUCUCGCAUCUAACAUUAUUGGCUGGUGUCCCAUGAUCCCUGAUUAUGGCGUAUACCAUAGCCCCGAUGCUUCUUCGUGAGCUUUCCCAGGUCAUCACCAGGACUCUACUUGACAUUUCGAUAGUGCUAGAAUUUUUAUUUACACAUAUCUUGGGUUCUUCGUAUCUAAUGUGACUGGUCAGGUUCUGGGUGCCGCAUUCGCAGCAGCAGCUCCGAGUGUGCCUGCUUGGAA